UUUUUUUUUUUUAUUUAUUUAUAAAGUGAAUCACCAAUUAUUCUCAUUUUCUCUCUUCCAUCUAUUUUAAGUUAAUUAUGAUGGCCGACAAUCAAAAGUUAGAUAGGCCAGAUCAAAAAUCUAGCAAAGAUUCACAAAGUACUCGUAAUAGCGGUGAUUUAGAAGAUGACCAGAAGACGUUUCAGUGCACGGAAGAUAUCAUAGAGGAAGAGCAACACAAUCCAGAACAUUAUCCUGGGGUUUUAGAGUAUGCUCCUUUUCCAGCAUUGGGCUCGUUGGAAGAAAUUACUCAGACAUUGUCACGAGUGAAAUCAAAUCAAACUCAAAAAAGCGAAAAAAAUAAUGCAUUUACUACGGACUACAUAAAAGAAGAUGUCAAUGCUUUCAAGCAAGAAGCUUACCAUACUGACGGUAUCCGCAACCCGGGGUGGCUUACCGUUCUGUCUUGUUUUCUUGUCAACUUUUUUGUGUUUGGUUCUACCUUUUCGUGGGGGAUCUAUCAAAAAUUGUAUAUCAGUGAAGUGUAUGCCGGACAGACUAGUCUGUUAAAAAUUGCGUUUGUCGGUACAUCAGCAAGUGCUCUGCUACUAGCUCUUGGUAUGUUUAUUACGCCUGUGAUACAAAAGAUUGGCUUUAGAGGUACAAUGGCCAUCGGCACAGUCUUCUCUCCAUUAGCAUUAAUUCUAGCUAGCUUUGCAACAGAGCUUUGGCAUGUUUACCUUUCCCAAGGAGUUUUGUUCGGUCUUGCGUCUGCUUUUGUAUUUUCACCGUCAGUCACAUUACCAUCGCAAUGGUUUACAUCGAGAAGAGCUUUGGCUACUGGUAUCGCUGUUAGUGGUUCAGGCGUCGGAGGUGUCUGUCUGUCUCCUAUGAUCCAGAAGCUCAUACUUACAAUUGGAUUUAGAAAUACAUUGCGUGUACAGGGAGCAUUUGGUUUCGGAUUAUUAUGUAUUUCGACAGCUUUGGCUACCUCCCGUUACCGUCCCCCUCCGUCGUCAAACGGAAAAAACAAAUGGUAUCACGUUUACGAUGCGAGCUUGCUGUCCCGGCGUUUUGUUUUAUUGUUAUGUUUUAGUUUUUUCGUUCCGUUCGGAUACGUGGCACCUUUCUUUCUAGCCCCGUCAUACUGUGAAUAUAUCGGAUUGGACGCUUCUACUGGUGCAGUUAUGAUCUCCGUAAUGUCGGCCGCCAAUGCUAUUUGCCGAAUUGCGUUAGGCUAUCUUGCGGAUCGCACAGGCCGUUUUAAUGGAUGACUUCCAAAAUGCAAAAUAGAAUUAAAUAGAAUAGACUUAAUUUUUUGGGUUGUGUAACGUGGAAUUAACCUUAAAUUUCACUGCUUAAAUUUU